UCUGUGAGUUCCCCCAAGAUGCUGCUCUACCUCUCAGGGAACAGCCGAGCCAUCUCCUAUGCAGGCUGUGUGUCCCAGCUCUUCUUUUACCAUUUCCUCGGCUGCACUGAAGGAUUCCUGUACAUGGUGAUGGCUUACGACCGUUUUAUUGCCAUAUGUCACCCUCUACGCUACACGAGCAUCAUGAGCCACAGAGUGUGUGCCAUCCUGGCCAUGGGGACCUCGUUUUUUGGCUGCAUUCAGGCCACCUUUCUAACCACUCUCACCUUCCAAUUGCCCUACUGUGGGCCCAAUGAGGUGGAUGAUUACUUCUGUGAUAUCCCAGUGAUGCUGAAGCUGGCCUGUGCUGACACUUCAGGCCUGGAGCUGGUGGGGUUCAUCAGUGUGGGCCUCAUGCCCCUCAGCUGCUUCCUUCUCAUUCUCUCCUCCUACAGCUGCAUUGUCUGCUCCAUCCUGCAGAUCCGCUCGUCUGAGGGCCGGCGUCGCACUUUCUCCACCUGCAGUGCCCACCUCACUGCCAUCCUGCUUGUCUACAUGCCAGUGGUGCUCAUCUACCUACGGCCAACCUCAAGCCCCUGGAUAGAUGCAGUGGUUCACAUCCUGAAUAACCUGGUCAUCCCCAUGCUGAACCCCCUGAUCUACAGCCUCGGGAAUCAGGAGGUGAAAUCUUCACUGAGGAAGGUGCUGCAUAGGCUGGGCUUCCUUCCUGAGCAGUUGUAG